AUGGUUGAUACUGGGAAUGACAACGAUGACUCUGCUUGUCCUACAAGCUUUGGCCCAGUAAACAUUCAAGCACAGCCAUCAAGGGUGUCUGUUAAUGUUAAACCUCUGUAUCAAACCGGCACUUCGGCACUGGUAAACUUCCCAAUGGGCUCGUGCUCUAACCCUGGAGACAAUAUGGAAAAUCCCACGGUCCCUGAUUUCGAUGAGGUUGAAGGGGAAAAAGUAAGGGCGGAGCUCUCAAAGCAACUCGAGGAUCGGUGCAAAUGGAUAGAGGAGAAGUUCAAGGAGCUAGAAAGUGCUGAUCAUUACUGCAAAGUUGAUGCAAAGGAGCUCAGUUUGGUCCUGGACUUAGUACUUCCUCCGAAGUUCAAGAUGCUAGAAUUUGAAAGGUAUAAUAGAACCAGCUGCCCUGAGGCUCACAUUACAAUGUUCUGCCAGAGAAUGACGAGAUAUGUCAACUAUGACCAAUUGUUGAUUCACUACUUUCAGGAUAGCUUGACUGGGGCAGCAGCCAAAUGGUACAAUCAGUUGAGCCGUGCUCAGGUCAAAUCAUGGAAGGAUUUGGCGCAGGCCUUCAUGAAACAGUAUGGCCAUGUGACCGAUAUAGCGCCUGACAGGAUUACAUUACAGAACAUGGAGAAAAGGUCAGGUGAAAGCUUCAGGAAAUACGCCCAGAGGUGGAGGGAAGUCACUACGCAAGUCCAACCACCACUGCUGGAAAAAGAAACGACUAUGCUAUUUAUUAAUACCUUGAAGGUACUUUUCAUUAAUCAUAUGUUGGGGAGUGCAACUAAGAGUUUCGCAGACAUAGUAAUGUUUGGCGAAAUGAUAAAAAAUGCAAUAAGGUGCGGUAAGAUAGAAACGGGGGAAAGCACGAGAAGGUCAGCCCCGAAGAAAAAGGAAAACAAAGUAAGCAAUGUGAGCUCAGGCUAUUCAAAGCCUGUCAUCGUUAAUCAAUCUAGAACGGUAGUCACAGGCCAACAAGCUUCACCAAGGCAAGAGCCCAGCACCAGGAGAGAUACGGAGAAGAUACAGAGGACUGUGGGGCAUUCAAUAAAAAGCUGCAUCUCGUUUAAGAAGUUAGUCGAGAAGCUCAUCAACAUGGGUGUUGUGAAGUUCGAUGACGCACUUGUGGUAGGUAACCCAUUACUCAACCAUACUGAUGGUAGGGUAAAUGCAGUAAUCGAGAAUGUGGGAAGGAGAGUUAAGUUGAACGCAGAUGAGGUAAAGACUUUGUUCAGGGAAGUUUGGAAGAAAAUGCUGGAAGUGGGGCUGAUCACGCAGAGUUCAAGGAGCAACUCCCGAGAAGUGAGGGACUAUUGCGAAUUUCAUUGCGAGAAGGGCCAUGAAAUCCAGAGUUGCAAGAAAUUCAGAGCCUUAGUCCAGGGCUUAAUAGACAAUGAAGAGUUAGAGUUCUUUGAGUUUACCAGAGAAGAGGACGUAUGUGCUUCUGAAGAGAAGUCGAUAGAGAAGGGUUGUGAGGCUAGUCACCCAGUGGUCCUCAUUUCACGGCCAAAAAUUAGUGAAGCUGAAGCAAGGGUGGCACCAAUAAUAGUUAUCCAAAAGCCCAAGGCUUUCCAUUUUAAGGAUAGCAAAAAGGUGCCUUGGAAUUAUAACAGUAGUGUAACAGUUUCGGAAAAGGAGAGUUUAGUCGAUACACUAAGCACAGAAGACGAACCUGUAAAGAAGAAGUCCUUUGUGAUCAGACAAGGAGAAAGGAUGACAGAACCACUGGUUAAUUAA